CUUUAAAAUGAGUUCUCCUAACAGAAACGAACUUGCGGAUAUCGAUGCUAUUGUGACAGAAACGUUAGAGGCUAAGCCAUUGCCUGCAGAGCAGGAGACUACCAAAAGGAAGCAGCCCGCAGAAGGCGCGAAAAAUGACGAUGAAAGCAGCCCGGAUAAGCGUAUAAAGUUGGAGGACAACACAAAAAUUAAGGAAGAACCAUCCGAUAAUGAGGCAAUAGCUCUACCCAUCAAGACAGAUCCAAAUCCCAUGGCUGUUCCAACAAAAACAGAGCCCGGGUCCAGCACGUCUGACGGGGUCAAGAUAAAAGUGGAACCAGUGGAUGGGGCAGCGGUGCCAGCGGCAGCCCACACAAGUAGCGCUAUAAAAGUAGAACCUGCCGAUAGUGGAAGCACCUCCCCAGCGGUUGUGGUAAAAACGGAGCCUGCCACCAGCAACGGCCAAACAGCAAAUAAUAUACCAAAUGUUGUGUCCUCUAGCACCACUCGCAAUUCAUGCUAUUUUGGCAUUCGCUGCUACAGACGUAAUCCACUUCACCGCAUGGCUGUAGCUCAUCCGGGUGAUGCGGACUAUACGCGACCAAACUUUCCGGCACCACCGCUUGGCACACCAAGCUGUCCUUUUGGAAAUUUAUGCUACCGUCGCAAUCCCGUACACUUUCAACGGAUGUCACAUCCUCCAAAUUUUAAUUCCGAUCAGAACAUACGGAAUCGUUUGCGUCAACGGCAGACACACGCGCGGCAGGCGGGCACGACCGGGGAUGACGAGGAUAGCGACGAAGAGGAGGAGGAUCCAUUUGGAGGAGACAAUGAUGAUGAUCUCGAAUAUAAACCAGGCGCAGACAUAGACGAAGAUGAAGACGAGGACGAUGAGCUUGAGUUUGAUAGCCAGCGCAUUAAUGCUGACGACUACGAUUAGGAUGGUCUAAUCAAUGUUUUGAUAGAUUUAUAAAAUGUUAUAUUAAAUUCCAGCGCUAAUCCGUUGAAUAAUAAUAAAAUUUAAUGUAUAUAUUUAA